AUCAUACCCCAUGGCAGAGUUCCCCCGUGGCCGCCUCCCGUGUGCCCCCCGAACUUACCGCCGCCGCUGGAUGUGCUCUGCACUGUGCGCUCUGAGCCUGAGGGGUUAUGUUCAACACAGGAAUCGGCCAGCAUAUUCUGAAGAACCCUCUUAUAGUGAACAGCAUUAUUGAGAAGGCUGCUAUACGACCAACAGAUGUUGUGCUAGAGGUUGGUCCUGGUACAGGAAAUAUGACCAUUAAGUUAUUAGAAAAAGCAAAAAAGGUUGUUGCUUGUGAACUUGACACCCGUCUUGUCGCUGAGCUUCAGAAACGAGUUCAAGGCUCAGCUGUUGCAAAUAAACUUCAAGUCAUGGUUGGUGAUGUUUUGAAGACGGAUCUGCCUUUUUUUGACCUCUGUGUGGCCAAUUUACCUUACCAGAUUUCCUCUCCGUUUGUAUUCAAACUACUGCUUCACAGACCCUUUUUUAGGUGUGCAGUGCUGAUGUUCCAAAGAGAGUUUGCAAUGCGUCUGGUAGCCAAACCAGGAGACAAGUUAUACUGCCGGCUGUCCAUUAACACGCAGCUGCUGGCUCGUGUCGACCACCUCAUGAAAGUGGGAAAGAACAAUUUCAGACCCCCUCCAAAAGUGGAGUCCAGUGUUGUGAGAAUAGAGCCUAAAAAUCCUCCACCACCCAUCAACUUUCAGGAAUGGGACGGCUUAGUACGGAUUGCCUUUGUAAGGAAAAACAAAACCCUUGCUGCAGCAUUUAAAUCCAGUGCAGUCCAGGAGCUGCUGGAGAAGAAUUACAGGAUACAUUGCUCUCUCCAUAAUAUUACAAUUGAAGAAAACUUCAGUAUAGCAGUAAAAAUUGAAAAGAUUCUUGGAGACACUGGCUUUAGUGAGAAACGAGCACGUUCUAUGGACAUGGAUGACUUCAUUAGGUUACUUCACGGAUUUAAUGCAGAUGGAAUACACUUCUCAUAAAAGAAUUGGAGACUUUUUCACUUUGCCUAAUACAAACUCAGUAUUGUAGUAUUUGUUUACUACUGCUCUCCGUAUGCAACACAUAUUUGGAGACAGAUAAGAGGCUAUAGUUUUGGGAUCAUAAAACCCUUCAAAGAUUAGGAGAUAACGACCUGUAUCCUGAGCUUACACUCUAUGUGGAUAUGGUAUGACCUGCUGCAGAAUAUUGAGCGAUGACAACGCAGAAAAUGCUUUAUCCUCUAAAAUAAGUUUUGUAUAAGACAUGUACAGAUGUGUCCUCUUACAUCAUUGCUCCAUGCGCUACAAGUGGCCUUACACAUAACACGCGAGUGCCGUGUGACUCGGUAGCACUGAGCGUCUAUUUUUUUUUAGGCAUAUUUUGCAGCGAAAAUGCGUCUUAGACUCAAUGUAAUGUAAUAGGACGCACAUGCAGCUUCUGCUGAUUAAAAUGAUAUGCAGCGUGCCUAUGUUCUGUGCGUGACUGCGGCAUGGUGUGACUUGAAGGGCUUUUUAGCGUAACUGCAGCAAAAAUGUAAGAGGACACAUCUGUAAUAUGUACAGUAACUAUGCUCUGUCAUUCAAAGAUACAUUUAUAGUAUCCUUUCCAAGCCACCUUCCACAGACUAUUGGUAGUUCUUUUUCUAAAGUAAUCACUGGAUGCUUUUUAUCUAUUAACUAGAGAAGUCUUUUUAAAAAAAAAUGUAAAUUAAAAACAAUUAUUAACCAUGUCA